AUGCGUCUGUCCCAGUGGAAGCACCUAAUGGACGAUGGAACCGGGUUUGGAGACGACGAGCGUGUGACCAGAUGGCUGUCCACUCUUCGAGAACAGCCAUCCGAUAACGAUAAAGAUGCCGUAGGCAGAGAUCGUUCGAACACCUCUCGAGGUCCGAGAAAAAGAUCUUCCCAAUGGAAUAAUGACUACCAGGAUGAGGCCGUCAGGCCGUCAAGAAAACACGCAGCUGCAGAUCCAGUUGUUUCUUCUCGCUCUGGCCAAUGUCUCGACGGGAAAGAUGACGAACGUUCGAGGCGGAGAAAUAAGAGGCAACGUGAACACACCCCCGGGGAAGACGACAAUGGUCACAAUACUCGAAAGAGAAAGCAUGAUCAGCGACGCCGGGACGAGAAUGUACAGAGCCGACACUGCAUGAGCACCCACCUGGAGGGAAGUGAGGUAAACCCAGAAAGCAAUGUCAACGAUACAAGCGGAAAAUAUGCUCGAAGACCACGCCACAAGACGAAGCCGGAGAGGUACGAGUUUAAAGCAGAUACAAAAGAACAGAAGCGACCCGAGCGACGAGGAGCAGGGAAGGGCAGCAUACCAGUAAAGGAAAAGUUUCAAGCGCCCAAUGUUGACACCAAGAGACUGACCUUGAGGCCUCAUACCGGACCUGGACUGUUUGCCAAGGGAAGGAGUUCGACUUCUUUCCCUCGCGAAGGAGUUCCCGAUCUGACGUUUUCAAACAUGUCCUUUCUUGAAAAGCGAGUUCGUGGGACUGCACAAACUCCAAAACACAUAGAAAAUACCAGGAAGUGGACUCACCGUGCCCCAAAUGACGGGAGAGCUGAGUUCUUCUCUCAGCCGAUCUUGUACGAGGCUGGAGACCAAUCCCAGGCCUGGAGACACCAUCAGCAUACAAGCAGUGUGUCUUCCGCCGCAGAAGCUCGUUUUCCUGGACAACAUUCGCGAGAGUCCCAUAACCAGCACUGGCGACCCGACAGUAGGCUAUCCAAGGUCCAGCAUUACCGACAACCUUCCUACGAAGAUACUCUCACCUCAAGCAGGACGACCAACGGCACCUACAUCUCUUGGUCCAUGUCUCCUCCGCGACACCUGGCUCGAUCAAGGGGCCAGCAAGAGUGGUUGUUGGGCCGCCCAGCAGAGCCUAAUAUCUUCACCCCCAUGAGAAAGGAGCAUGGACAGAAUGAUUCUCCCCAACUUCCCAGUUCCAGCAUAGCCAAGGAGCAAUUCUUGCAAGAUCUGACCACAGAAGCGCUGCUAGGAGGUGUCGAGGCUUUUUCACACAAAGAGAAGAAGCGGUACUCUUUGGAUGAAUUGAAGAAAAUGGCGUCAGGAAGACAAUCGUACCAAGACUCAAAUCUUCCAUACAAAAAGCAAGACCCUGCGUCAAGCGAAGGGGUAGCACAUGAGCCAGGCAUGCGAAACUUGUACCCAGUAUCGAGCCGCCAGGAUACCGAAGUCAAGGCCAGUGAUGAUGCGGGAAGGAGGGCCCAACUCCAAUCCCCGAUCAAUAUUGAAGAUCGAUCAGGGGAAGACCCCGUGGGACAUGACAAUGGUCGGCCACAAAAGCAAGACAAGAAGCCGACAGAGACACACCUGCGAACAUCUCGUGUGCAUACUUUGGCUGACUUUUGCCCGUCCCCGGCAGAAGACGCUAAGCAGUAUCUCGGAGACAUUACUAGAGGGCCCACAUGUAUACGGCAAGUCGGGCAAGAAAAUGGUCAAGAAAUGAUCAGUGAUAAGGGUUCGUGCAACGAUGAUGGACGGGAUCCCAUUCUUGAUACACCGUUCCACCACCAAUCUUCUCUGCCAUGGCACAGCGUACCGACGUUAAUUGACAAGUUCAACGUGGCCUCUAACGUUAUUGCUGACUCACCCACUGCGCCUGACGAACUGGAUGCAUUCGAUGCGCAGUUGCUGCAGAUGGCCGUUGAUGACGCCGGAUCUCCGGAAGUGUGGAACAUGGACGACACGAGCCUCGAGCAAAUAGCAGUAGAUCCGGAGAAAGUAUGGGAUCAGCCCCAAGUCUGGACGACAACUCAGCCAGAUCGCCGUCUCUGGGACGGUUCGCAUCAAACAUCGAGCAUGCUGCAGGAGCAUGACCAGGAGCUUCCAGCGAAUAGCAGAGCAAUGGAGUACGAUAGAAACGGGGUUGGUCAUGCAGCACGAUAUUCUGUGGAGAUGACCCCGGAGCCUUUCAAGGGAUUUUCUCGGCCACGCCUUCUGUAUUGA